GUGCUCUACUCCGUCAAUAAAUUAAAAUGAACAAGCAAAUGGCUGGAUUGCUCGUAGUUCUUAAGAGCGGAGGUACUUACACUGAAUUAAAACGUAGUCCCUGUCGGCGUGUUGAAAAGUAGCUGAGGAAGAGUUCGGGGCGUGAUUUUGCUACAAGUUGCACACGUAUAUCCACGUUACAAGACAUAAGCAUUUAAUUGUUAAAUGGAAGCUGAGCCUUUAACUGACAACGUACCUUUGCCGGUAUUGGAGAAGGUGAAGAAAAAUGAAGAUCCUAAGAGAAGGUUGUCUGUUGAACGAAUUUAUCAGAAGAAAACACAGCUGGAGCAUAUUUUGCUCCGCCCAGACACUUACAUUGGAUCUGUGGAACCUGUCACACAGCAAAUGUGGGUUUUUGAUGAAGAAAUUGGCAUGAACUGCAGAGAUGUCACAUUUGUUCCUGGUCUGUACAAAAUCUUUGAUGAAAUUCUUGUGAAUGCAGCUGACAACAAGCAGAGGGAUAAGAACAUGAGCUGCAUUAAAGUAACAAUUGAUCCAGAGAACAAUACAAUAAGUGUAUGGAACAAUGGAAAAGGCAUCCCUGUUGUGGAACACAAAGUGGAGAAGGUGUUUGUUCCUGCACUUAUUUUUGGGCAACUGCUGACGUCCAGCAACUAUGAUGAUGAUCAGAAAAAAGUGACUGGUGGUCGAAAUGGUUAUGGUGCUAAGUUGUGCAACAUCUUCAGCACAAAAUUUUCAGUGGAAACUGCUUGUAAAGAAUACAAGAAGCAAUUUAAGCAGACCUGGAUGAAUAACAUGUCCAAAACUAAGGAAGCAAAACUGACGCCUUUCGAUGGUGAUGAUUUCACUUGCAUCACAUUUCAGCCUGAUCUGUCAAAAUUCAAAAUGGAAGUCUUGGAUAAGGACACUGUAGCACUUAUGUCACGAAGAGCGUAUGAUAUUGCUGGAUCAACCAAGGGAGUCAAAGUAUUCCUUAAUGGAAAAAAAUUGCCUGUAUCUGGAUUCCGAUCAUAUGUAGAUCUGUACGUGAAGGAUAAGGUAGAUGAAACUGGAAAUCCCCUCAAGGUGGUCUAUGAAGCAGUGAAUGAGCGAUGGGAAGUUUGCUUAACUAUGAGUGAGAAGGGCUUUCAACAAGUUAGCUUUGUUAACAGCAUUGCUACGACCAAGGGUGGUAGACAUGUUGACUACAUAAGCGAUCAGAUAGUCAACAAGUUAAUUGAUGUUGUGAAGAAAAAGAAUAAGAAUGGUGUGACUGUUAAGCCUUUCCAGGUGAAAAACCACUUGUGGUUGUUUGUGAACUGCCUUAUUGAAAAUCCAACCUUUGAUUCCCAAACUAAAGAAAACAUGACACUGCAGGCAAAGAGUUUUGGUUCAGCCUGCCCACUAACUGAAAAAUUCAUUAAAUCUGCUAUUGGCUGUGGUGUUGUGGAGAGUAUCUUGAAUUGGGUUAAAUUCAAAGCUAUGACCCAGCUGAACAAAAAAUGCUCUGCAGUUAAGCACUGUAAAAUCAAAGGAAUCCCAAAACUUGAUGAUGCCAACGAUGCUGGUAGCAAACAUUCUUUAGGAUGCACAUUGAUUCUGACCGAAGGAGACUCGGCCAAAACCUUGGCUGUAUCUGGUUUGGCAGUUGUUGGAAGAGAUAGAUUUGGAGUGUUUCCUUUAAGAGGCAAAAUGCUGAAUGUCCGUGAAGCUUCUCAUAAACAGAUUAUGGAGAAUGCAGAAAUAAACAAUAUCAUUAAGAUUGUUGGCUUGCAAUACAAAAAGGAUUAUCAAGAUGAAGAAUCUUUGAAAAGCCUUCGGUAUGGAAAAAUCAUGAUCAUGACAGAUCAGGAUCAAGAUGGUUCACACAUUAAGGGGCUGCUGAUUAACUUCAUUCACCACAACUGGCCCUCUUUGCUGAAGCACAAUUUUCUGGAGGAGUUUAUUACCCCUAUCAUAAAGGCAACCAAAGGCAAUCAAGAGUUAUGUUUCUACAGUAUUCCAGAAUUUGAGGAGUGGAAACAAGCUACAGAAAACUCUAAAACCUGGAAGAUAAAGUACUACAAAGGUCUGGGUACCAGCACAUCAAAAGAGGCAAAAGAGUACUUUGCAGAUAUGGAACGUCAUCGUAUAACUUUCAAGUAUUGUGGCCCGGAAGAUGAUGCUGCGAUCACUUUGGCCUUUAGUAAGAAAAAGAUAGAGGAUCGAAAAGAGUGGCUUACUAACUUCAUGGUUGAUAGAAGACAGCGUAGGCUACAUGGGCUUCCAGAGGUGUUCUUGUAUGGGAAGAGUACAAAGUUCUUGAGUUAUAAUGAUUUCAUCAACAAGGAGCUGAUUUUGUUCUCAAAUUCUGAUAAUGAACGUUCCAUUCCUUCAUUGGUUGAUGGUUUAAAACCUGGUCAGAGGAAAGUUCUUUAUACCUGUUUUAAACGAAAUGACAAACGUGAAGUAAAGGUUGCCCAACUUGCUGGUUCAGUUGCUGAAAUGUCUGCCUAUCAUCAUGGUGAGAUGUCCCUGAUGAUGACCAUUAUAAACUUGGCGCAGAACUUUGUGGGGAGCAACAACAUCAAUCUUCUGCAGCCUAUUGGUCAGUUUGGUACUAGGUUACAUGGUGGCAAGGAUGCUGCUAGUCCUAGGUAUAUUUUCACAAUGCUGAGUCCACUUGCACGAUUGCUGUUCCCCGCUGUGGAUGACAAUACUUUGAAGUUUUUGUAUGACGACAACCUACGAGUGGAGCCUGAGUGGUAUAUUCCGAUAAUCCCAAUGGUGUUGGUAAACGGAGCUGAUGGGAUUGGUACUGGUUGGGCAAGUAAAAUACCCAACUAUGAUACUCGAGAAAUCAUUAACAAUAUUAGACGCAUGUUAGAUGGAGAAGAACCUCUUCCAAUGUUACCUAGCUACAAGAACUUCAAAGGUACCAUUGAUGAACUUGGCCCUAACCAGUACAUAGUAAAUGGAGAGGUGUCUGUGUUGGAUUCCACAACGAUUGAAAUCUCUGAACUGCCUGUUAGAACAUGGACACAGUCUUACAAGGAACAAGUUUUGGAACCAAUGCUGAAUGGCAAUGAGAAGACACCGCCUCUCAUUACUGACUAUAAGGAGUAUCAUACUGACACCACUGUGAGAUUUCUUGUGAAAAUGACUGAACAGAAGCUUGUGGAGGCAGAAGCAGCUGGAUUACACAAAGUUUUUAAACUGCAGUCCCCUUUCACGUGCAACUCCAUGGUGUUGUUUGAUCAUGUUGGAUGUUUGAAAAAGUAUGAAAUUGAAUCAGACAUUCUGAAGGAGUUUUAUGAGUUGAGACUGAAGUACUAUGAUUUAAGAAAAGAUUGGUUAAAGGGCAUGUUGGGAGCAGAGUCAGCAAAACUCACCAAUCAAGCUCGCUUUAUUCUGGAAAAGAUUGAAGGAAAAAUCAUAAUUGAAAACAAGCCAAAGAAGGAACUGAUUCAAAUUCUAAUUGAUAGGGGCUAUGACUCUGACCCUGUUAAAGCCUGGAAAGAAGCACAGACAAAGGAGGAAUUGGUUGACGAGGAUGAUGAAAAUGCGGAAAAAGGUAGUUCUUCAGGUCCUGAUUUUAAUUAUCUGUUGAAUAUGCCGUUGUGGUAUCUGACCAAGGAAAAGAAAGAUGAGCUCUGCAAGCAGAGGGAUACUAAGGUUGCAGAAUUAGAUACAUUGCUAAAGAAAACUCCACGUAAUAUGUGGAAGGAAGAUCUUGCUGCUCUAGUUGUUGAGAUGGACCGUCUUGAAAAGAUCGAAAAAGAAGAGGAAUUGUCAGGGAUAAGUGGUAAAGCUAUUAAAGGAAAGACAGGCAAAACGAAAAUUAAAAAGAUGCAACUGGAAGAGACUAUGCCGUCACCUAGUGGAAGGCGAAUUAUUCCAAGAGUGACCACUGCAAUGAAGGCAGAAGCUACCAAAAAACUAAAAAAGAAAAAGGGUGAAGAUCCAGUUUCUGUUAAGCUGGAAUUUGAAGGAGAAUACAAUGCAGAGGAUCAAGAGAAUACAUCUUCUCAGAGCCUGACCAAAGCUGUUAAAGGUGAUCCUGAUGGGCUGAGUUCUCCAGAUCAGGAGUCUGUCCCACUUGCUCAGAGACUGACCAAAAAAGGCAAAGCCAAAUCUAAUCCUGAAACAAAAGCCAAACCUAAGAAGCAAACAACUUUGCCAUUUAAACCUGUAAGUGGGAAAAAGAAACACAGUCCCUGGUCUGAUUCAGAGUCUGAUGAUGAUGAUUUUACAGAACUGGUUCCAGUCCAACGUGAGGCCAAACUUCAAAGGGCAAGAGCUGCUGAAAAGUUUAAGUAUUCAUACUCAUCUGAUGAAUCUGAUACAGAUGAAGACGAGACUGAUGCAAAUUUGGUCAAAGAUUUUGAACCACAGUCCUCUCAAAGUACAUUUGGAGAAUCCCCUGUGCCUGAACCGGUUUCCAAGCUUGAGCCUAUUUCCAAGCCUGAGCCUGUUGCAAAGAAGAAGAAGACUGUAAACAAGAAAACCCCAAAGUUGGAAUCAGACUCACAAGAACUAUCCACAACUGACAAUACAUCAGCACCAGCAUCACAAGAUCUUGUUUCGGUCACUUCAAUAGUCACUGAAAAAGCAGCUUCCACUGUAGGUGAGAAGCCGGCACCUAAAAAACGUGGGCCAUCUAAAAAAGCAAGCAGUGCUGCUGUUAAAGAUGACAAACAGCCAUCAAUUAUGGAAGCAUUAAUAAAACCAAAGAAAGCUUCAAAGAAAACUGUCCCAAAAACAGUAUCUGAGGGCUCUGACCCUGAAGCUCCACAAAAGAAGGCACCAGCAAAAAAGACUGUUCGCAAGCGAAAAACUUCAGAGUCUGAAUCUUCAGACUCUGAUUUUGGAAUAAAGAAAGUCACCAAAUCAACAGCAAGCAAGAAAUCAAGGCACGAUGAUGACAGCUUUCAUGCUGAGUUUGAUUCUGAUUCUGAUGUAGUGGAAGUUGCACCUAGAGAAAGACCUGGACGUGCGAAAAAGACAGUCCAGUACAUGGAGGAGUCUGAUGAUGAUUUAUUUGAUUAAAGUCCUCCACCUUCCAAGUUGUCAGCUGAUUACUUAGUCUUGUAUGAAUAGUUCAGACAAUUUCAGUAUCAAGUACAAGUUUCUCACCCUCGAGAUAUCUGAGCAGGAGAAAGUGAAAAAAUGGUCUUACAGCCCUCCCUAUCCUGCCUUUUAUUGACUUUAUGCAGAAAUUUAUAAUUUUUAUUUUCCAGUCACUGCACUGCUUUUGUUAAAGCAGGUCUUAGUUUCAGUGUGUAAAUUAUAAGUAUUGUGAGAAUGUGAUAGAACUUCUGAGCAGUGUCUUCUACUUUCAAAACUGCUUUAUAGCUGUAGAGGUUUCAGAGGUUUUGGGAACUUUUCAGGACAGCUAAUUUAUUGACUAUGCAUAUCUGAUGUGGUAAAGGCUAGGAGCGACUGGCUUGCUGUAUGCUUACUGGAAGAUAUGUAUAGUUGAAAUAUGCUGCUGCAUGUGAGCCUUUCACUAUUUUAAUUUUAUGGUCCUUUUUUAGUUUGCAUUUUCAGAAGUUCUAAGCCCAAAAGAUAACUGGCAGAAUAAGUGCCAUGGUAGUGCUGCAGAUUCAUAAUGGGGAUAGUGUCUGGUAUUACAUUAUAAUCUUUGCGUUGCCGGAUUGCCUAAAUUCCCUUGAAUAAAGCUUAUAGUGGUUUCUUGGCAACACUGAAAGACACUCAUUUUAGUGGAUGUGCAUACUUUGUAUAAAAUUUUCUGUUUUGGGUCAUUGACCCAUCUUGCAUUUCCCAGAAAUACUCUGGGUACUUGGAAGUAUUGCAAUGUAAAUAUAUGUGAAGACGUUUUGUUUGAAGGCAUCUUAUUGCCAGUGCCUUUUUUUUUUGUAUUGUCUUGCUCAAAUUCUACAUUGCAUUGAUGUAGAUAAUUGUGUGAUCUGGAUAGUCAAACCAUUGCCAAACAUUGUACAGCAACUGUAUAGAUUUCUUAACACUUAACCCAAGCACGAUGGUGUUUGUACUAGACUGAUUGGAGAUGCAGAAUGCACGGAAGUUUGUGCAAUACAAAGUGUUUUGUAGGGAAUGUCACCUCGAAUGGUAAUGUUUAUUUUGUCGGCUUGGUAUGUGUUUUGUGUACAGUCUAAUCUUUUUAUACUCUAUUUAUUCAAUUCUAAUUGCACUGGCAAGACCUUUCAUUUUCACUUUGUAAUUUUUCAUGUCUAGUAUGUCUGCUUUUGUCUGUAGUGUUUUACUGUUUGUCAUUUACUACUUUUAUAUGUGUACUGGAAUAAACUUUUUAUACCACUUUUGA